UCGUUGUUUCUGAUCUUCCUCGUAGAUUUCGAAUUGGAGAUUAUCUGCUCCUUCUUUCUCGGAGAUUCUUAGAUAUUUUUUGAAAUAGAUUUGAUUUGGGAGAUAGAAGAGGCUAAGACACUAAGUGUGGUGUGAAAGAGAGAGUCCAUAUCAACAUUAUGACUUCUCAGAAGCCGACCACUUCCGAGGGAGGAGUUGUGUCCCGAUCUGCCAGGACCUCCUUCCGUGCUUUCUCUAACUGCCUUCGUGUUAUUUCCUCUGGUGCCUCCUCCGUUGCUCGCUCCGCCGCUUCCUCCCUUAACCGUGACACUGAAUCUCCCAAGGAUCAGGUACUAUGGGCGGGGUUUGAUAAGCUAGAGAAAGAGGAUGGAGAUACUCGAAGACUUCUCCUACUUGCAUUUCACUCUGGUUUUCAAAUUUGGGAUGUUGAAGAUACAGACAACGUCCAUGUCAUUGUCUCUGCUCAUGAUGGGCGAGCAUCCUUUAUGCAAAUCCUACCCAACCCGGAGGUGGAUUUAGACGACGUGUUUUCUGAGAGCCGUCCGCUUUUGGCUGUGUGUGGUGACAGUUCUUGGGAUGAGAAUUCGAGUAGACAGAGCGUUUCUGACAACAACCCUGGAAGCGAAACUGUGGUGGUGGUGCCUACAAAUGUGCAUGUCUACUCGUUAAAGUCUCAGUCCUAUGUGCAUACGUUGAAGUUUCGGUCUAUCAUCUAUACGGUUAGGUGCAGUUCUCGGAUUGUUGCUGUCCUACAAGCAGCUCAGAUACACUGCUUUGAUGCGAAAACAUUGGAGAAGGAAUACAUGAUUGUCACUAACUCCAUCGCCUAUGGAUCCUUGGGUGUUGGAUAUGGUCCUCUCGCCGUUGGUCCGCGAUGGAUUGCCUAUAGCGGAAGCCGUGUUGCUGAGUCAAGCUCCACGCUUUUCGCUCCGGAGCUUAUCACACUGUCAUCAUCACCCAAUGUUGCACAAUUUGCAAUGGAUUCGAGCAGACAGAUCGCUUCUGGGAUCUUGAAUAUUGGUUUGAGAGGCGUUGGAGUUACUAGUAAUGACAAUGUGCCAGACGAGGAUAGCAUAGGAAUGGUUAUAAUCAAAGAUAUCAUAAGCAAAAGCGUCAUAGCUCAGUUUAAGGCACACAAGAGUCCUAUCUCAGCUCUGAGCUUUGAUCCAAGCGGCAUGCUUUUGGUUACUGCUUCGAUUCAGGGACACAAUAUUAAUGUCUUCAGGAUAAUGCCGAUAACUUCUGCACAUAGUGAUGUGACCGGAGCCUCGUUUGUGCAUCUGUUCAGGCUUCAGCGUGGUUUUACUAAUGCGGUGAUACAAGACAUUUGUUUCAGCAAUGAUAGCAGUUUGAUAGUGAUAAGCUCUUCAAGAGGGACAAGUCAUAUGUUUGAGAUCAAUCCCCAUAGAGUGGGGAAAGCUCCGGUUCCUCUGUCAGCGGUUAAUAGGAUAAGAAGCGGAAACAUGAGCGGAUGGAUGGGAACUAUGAGCGGUGCUGCAGCUGCAGCAGCUGGAAUGGUUGGUGGCUCUCUAACUGGUGCAACCGCAUCGACUUUCUGUUACUGCGUUGAACAGAACAAGAACAACCGCUAUGGUUCUGCUGCUUCUGGCAAUAGCUCAAAGAGGAGGAGUCUUCUGGUGUUUGCUCCUUCUGGAUGUAUGACACAGUAUCCUGUUGGGGGUAGUCAUGAGGCUGCGGUCAUGACGGGGUUGAAUUCUGAGUCUGGUUCAGAGAUUGAACCAAUAAGAAGGUGGUCCAUGAUACAGAACCAGUCUAGAAGAGAGAUGCAAGAUCAGCACAGUGACAUAUAUGGAGGUGGGACAGUUUCUGAUUCUAAAAGUAAAGUGUUUCCAGAGAUUGUCAGGAAGCAGAGUGGUGAGGAAUCUUGGAAAGUGACUAAGAAUGUGGAGGAUAGGCAUCAGCUGUACAUGUCUGAAGCAGAAUUGCAAAUGUAUCAGCCGUCUGGGCUACCGUUAUGGGGAAGGCGACAUUUUAGGUUCCAAGAGUUGGUGUUGAACCGGGAUGAUGCAGAGAGGAAUGGUGGAGGAGGGGAGAUGGAGAUUGAAGGAAUCCAAACUCGAACGAUUGAAGCAAGAACAAGAGAUUUGGUUCCAGCCUGGGGUUAUCUCCACUCUCCUAAAUCACAACAAGUGAUGAAAGAAUCAAUGCAGAGUCCAAGGAACACUACACUAGGUGAUCAAGUGGCUCUUGUAGAGGAUCAUGGAGCAGAUUCUGAGCUCGGAGUUGUACAUAGCAAAGAAGAGAGAUCGAGAUCAGAAGAAGAGGGCUCGAGUUCUGAAGAAGAUAGCUCGAUAUCAGAAGAAGAGACUCACAGCAAGUUUGUACAUAAUGAAGAAGGUAUUGCGGAGGAGAAGAAGCUUAAUGAAGAUGAGGAUGAAGAGGACAUCCAUUAGAAGAAGGUGAUGUUGUUUUUGGUUCGUUUUUUUUUUCACCACAGACUCAG